AUGUCCGCAACAAUCUUCCUGGACAGCCGACACACGCAUUAUACCAAUCUCGACUUUCUGUCGGGAAAGGUUGUGCUGCAGCUUCCGACUGAAGCGGCAAUUGGAGGAAUUCAAGUCAAGCUCGAGGGCGUGAGCCGAACCCGGCUUUCUGGCGCUCGCAAUCCACACAAUGUCAACUCGGACAAGAAACGGACGGAGCUAGAGAUUCAUAAGAUCCUGUACAAGGUUGCGACCGUCUUCCCCACGCCGGGUGUCAUGCAGACCGGAUCACCAGCAGUAUCGUACACCUUUGCGCCUGGUUCCUAUGAAUACCCAUUCAGCUUCAAGUUUCCUUUCAAUAAUUCCUGCAAUACGACCAACAGCAUGCGAACCAACCUCGUCACCACAGGCCUCAAGGUUGAGAUGGCUCGCGAUGCUACCCGUCAUGUCAAAAAGACGCUACCUCCUUCCUUGAGUGGAUUUUCCGGCAUGGCUGAAAUCGAGUAUUUCAUCAAGGCCACGGUCAUCAGACCGCAGUUUUAUAAAGAGAAUAUUCGUUCGAUUGUACCUUUGAAAUUCCUCCCAAUCGAGCCACCAAGAACCGGAAAUCCCAACGAGGAGACAUACGCCCGGCGACAACUCCAAUUCUCUAAAAUGCAGCCAAACAUGCCAAGGAAGAAGAGCGGUAUUUUCAAUCGGGGAACCAAUCCACAAGAUAUGGAUACAGAGCCUACUCGAGUCUCGAUCGACGCUCGACUUCCAAAUCCUUCCAUUCUCACCUGCAAUGAACCAGUGCCGCUUCGCCUGAUGGCUAAAAAGCUGACUGAUUCGCCGGAGACAAUCUUUCUGCAAAUGCUGCAGAUUGAACUCAUCUCGUAUACAAACAUUCUUGCACAUGACCUGACGCGGCAGGAGAGCGGUUCAUGGGUUGUGAUGAGUCGCAGUAAUAUGGGUGUGGCCCUUGGACAGCCAGGAGAUGCUGUUGGUACAGAGUGGUCCAUUGAUCCAAAGUUGUGGGGUACCUUGCCCCUUCCUAAUUCGGUCGCGCCAUCCUUUGAGACGUGUAAUAUUGAGAGAAGCUACGAAUUGGAAGUACGGGUUGGGCUAACCCACGGCACUUAUGGCGAUAUGAAGCCCCAACUGAUCGUUCUCCCCCUGCGAAUGCCAGUCAAGGUCUACUCAGGAAUCGCACCGCCUCAAGCCCUUUUAGAUGCUAUGGCAGCUGCUGCACCGCAAUUAUCACCUUCUAAACCAACCUCUGGACCUUCCUGGCCUACCGGCGCGGCCAGCCGACCUCCAAUGCCUCCACGACCCAGCACAGGACCCGUGCCAGUGGAUGCAGGCGCAGCCUACGAUGACGCACCCCCAAGCUACGAGGAUGCAAUGGCAGAAAAUCUAAGCCCGGUAGAUGGACCACGCCGCGAGUAUCACCCACCAGACGCCUCUUCCUCCCGAAGAACAGUGGAAUCUGGAGCUGAUGCCAAAUCCCCAGUCCAAACGGGAAAGGCCCGUGACGAUGGACCCGCAGCCGAAGGUUCCUGGGCCCCUCCUAGCCACGAGGGCCGUUCUUCCUCGGAGUCCUUUGACAUGUUACCCAGCACACCGCCGGAAUCGCCCUCUGGAUCCCCGCCUUCAUCGCCCGUCAGACGCUCACAGAGUAUGAUGAAGGUCCCAGGGAAUCAGGCGAGCGAUGAAAGCCCGCCGAAAUACCAGUCCAUCGCGGAGACACAGCUCCAGCCUCCAAAUGAGAUUGAGCGCCGGCCUUCGCAGAAUAAUUCGCGGCCCAUGAAUUUGGGUGUGCCUACCCGGAAACCAGUACCGCAGAGUUCGAACAGGUUGCAUUGA